UCCACAAAUCAGGUAAUGCUGGAAGACCCAUAAUUACAGGAAUGGAAACUCUCACAGAACAGAUCUCAGGACUGGUAGAAAAUACCCUAAAACCUCUAUUCACCAACAUUAACAGCUUCAUAAAAGACACAACCGACUUCCUCAACAAACUCAGCCAAAUCACAGAUCUCCCUGUUAACACCAUCCUUGUAACCAUGGAUGUGGAAUCUCUGUACAGCAACAUUCCACAUACAGAUGGCAUCAAUGCUUGA